AUGCAACGCGCAACAAACGUGUCAGUGGUGCUGCUGGUGGCAGCCGCGAUGGUGGCUGUCGCUGCAGCCGGCACGCCAUGGAUGGAUCUCAGCGCAACGCCAGAGUCCCGCGCAAAGGCGCUGCUGAAAGAAAUGACCUUGGAUGAGAAGAUCACCAUGCUUCAUGGCAGCACAGGCCCAUACGUUGGAAAUGUGCCUGCCAACACCCGCCUUGGCAUCCCUGCACUCAACCUCAACGAUGGCCCACAAGGUUUCCGUGACAACGCGCACCCGGGCACGACCACGUGCUGGCCAAGCGGCCUCACCGUUGCAGCCACUUGGGACCUCAACGCCAUGAAGGACUGGGGAACCGCCAUGGGCAAGGAGUUUUACGACAAGGGUGCCAACAUUCAGCUUGGCCCUGGCCUCUGCGUUGCCCGCGUGCCUGUGAAUGGGCGCAACUUUGAGUACCUGAGCGGAGAGGACCCGUUCCUUGGAUACACGCUGGUGCAGCCUGUGAUCCAGGGCAUCCAGAGCCAGGGUGUGCUGGCAAAUGCCAAGCACUAUGUGCAAAACAACCAGGAGACCAACCGCAGCGGUGUAUCCGAGAACGUCGACGAGCGCACGCAGUUUGAGAUCUACUACCCGCCAUUCCAGGGGGCGCUGGAUGCAGAUGUGGGCAGCUUCAUGUGCUCCUACAACAAAAUCAACAACGUCUACUCCUGCGAGAACAACCAGACCCUCAACGUCGACUUGAAGGACCGUCUCGGCAGCGGGAAGCGGUUCUUUGUGAUGAGCGAUUGGGGCGCAACACACAGCACAUCCAUCAACGAAGGCCUUGAUCAGGAGAUGCCUGGUGGAACAUACAUGAGCACGAAGCUCAAGACGGCAGUGCAAACGGGCGCUGUGUCGCAGGACACGCUCGACAACUCUGUUCUCAACGUCCUCACGCCGCUGUUUGCAGUCGGGGUGUUUGACAGCAACAACACAAACUCCAUUUCAAACAAUGUCACCUCGGAUGCGCACAACAAACUUGCUCGCCAGCUCUCCGCCAAGUCGCAUGUGCUGCUGAAGAACGAUGGCAACGCGCUGCCCCUGAACAAGACCAUCAAGAACGUCGGCAUCUUCGGUGCCCAGGGCGCGUCCAGCGUCACUGUCCACGGAGGCGGGUCUGGGUCUGUUGUUCCGCCAUAUGUGGUGACGCCAAUGGAAGGCAUCCUCGCCAAGAUGGGCCUGCCCCCGCCCCCACAGCCAAGCAAGCUCCCCUGCGAUCAAUGCGUGUACUUUGCAGACGGCACCAACCAGACGGAAGUUGUCGACAUUGCGUCCAAGGUGGACGUUGCGCUUGUGUUUGUGUCCACGACGUCGUCAGAAGGCUCCGACCGGCCCAACCUCUCCCUCGGCAACGGCCAGGACGAGCUGAUUGACAUUGUUGCGGCGCGUGCGGCCAAGACGGUUGUUGUUGCCACUGUUCCUGGCGCCAUCCUCACCCCCUGGCGCAACGAUGUGGAUGCCAUCCUCGUCAACUUCAUGCCGGGACAGGAGCUCGGAAACGCCGUCGCCGAUGUUCUGUUUGGUGACGAGAACCCGGCUGCUCGCCUUCCGCUCACGUUCCCGAACAUCGACAACGAAGUUGGGUUUACGGAGCGCCAGUACCCAGGCCUCGACAACGCCGCCCAGGCCUACUAUGACGAGAAGCUGCUGGUUGGCUACAGGUGGUACGAUGCCCGUGGUGUGACGCCUGCCUUCCCCUUUGGGCACGGCCUCUCCUACACCACCUUCAAGUACGCCAACCUGCGCUCCACUGGCAACGCCGUGUCUGUUGACAUCUCCAACACCGGCAGCCGUGAUGGCGAGGAGGUUGUGCAGCUCUACCUUGGUUUCCCCUCUUCCGCAGGCGAACCACCCAAGCAACUCAAAGGCUUCUCGCGAGUGCUCGUGUCGCAGGGCGGCGCGCGCACGGUGACGUUCAACCUGACGGACCGCGACUUUUCCAUCUGGGACACGUCCUCCCAUGCCUGGAAGAAGGUGAAGGGCAUCUUCAACGUCUAUGUCGGUGCUUCCUCUCGCGACAUUCGUCUCUCGGGAACCCUGACCGUCGCUUGA